UAUACGGAAGUCGUACUUAACCAUGCUCAAGCCAGAGGAUGUACCAACGGCGGUUUUUACCAGGGAGUAAAAUCUGUAAAUAACAUAUCCUAGAGUUUUACUGUUAGCACUCGGUGUUAACAUAGUAAAUAAUGAAACUUAAAGAGCUGGAGAGCUGCCUGCAGCAGGUGGACACGUUUGAAACGCCGAAAAUACUUCUGGAGCAAUAUCCAACUUCUCCUCAUAUAGCCAGCUGCAUGCUUUAUACAAUUCACAACACAUUUGAUGACAUCGAGGGGAAGUUGGUGGCAGAUCUGGGAUGUGGAUGCGGAGUCCUGAGCAUCGGAGCAGCGGUGCUGGAUGCAGGGUUAUGUAUCGGUUUCGACAUCGACGAUGACGCACUGGACAUAUUCAGAAGAAACGUAGAGGAAUUUGAGCUUUCUAACAUGGAUCUGGUUCAGUGUGACCUGUGUGCUCUGGAGGCAGAAGCUUAUGACAAGUUUGACACUGUUAUAAUGAACCCACCUUUUGGGACGAAACACAACCAAGGCAUAGAUAUGAAGUUUCUACGGGCCGCUUUAACAAUGGCAAAGACAGCAGUGUAUUCACUUCAUAAAACGUCAACACGAGAGCAUAUACAGAAGAAGGCGAAUGACUGGGUGUUGAAGAUUGGAAGUAAUAGCAGACUUCGAUAUGACUUGCCAGCAUCUUACAAGUUCCACAAAAAGAAAUCGGUUGACAUCCAGGUGGACUUCCUACGGUUUUCCAAAGCCUGA